AUGAGCGAGAAGCUAUAUAUGGGACUGGGAAGGUCAUUUCCAGCACCACUUCCCCAUCCCGAAGACUAUAUUGUUGAAUUCGAUGGGCCUGACGAUCCAAAACACCCUUAUAACUGGAAAUUCUCUGUUAACGCCAUCUUCGCCCCUGGAAUCGAUAGUGCCAGCAAAGAACUCGGUGUCGGAUCAGAAGUUGGAGCACUUGGAACGACGCUAUAUGUAGUUGGCUUCUCAUUUGGGCCCAUGAUCUGGGCACCCGCUUCUGAGCUGCGUGGAAGAAAGUGGCCCUUGAUCAUUGGCAUUCUCGGAGUUGGCACUUUUUCCAUCGCAUCCGCGGUGGCCAAGGAUAUCCAGACGUUGAUCAUCUGCCGCUUCUUUGCCGGGGUGUUCGGUUCAAGUCAUCUCUCGGUUGUGCCUGGUGUCUUGGCAGACGUCUUCAGCAACACCUAUCGUGGUGUGGCAAUCUCGGUGUACGCAUUGUCGGUCUUUGCUGGUCCAUUCGUCGGCCCAUUUACUGGUGGAUUUAUAGCAUCUAGCUCUUUGGGCUGGAGAUGGACUCUUUAUAUUCCAGCAAUUAUGAGCUUUGCGAACGGUGCACUCUCGGUGUUCUUCAUGGGAGAAACAUAUGCACCGUGCCUUCUCAUGGCAAAAGCUGCCACCAUUCGUCGACAGACUGGCAACUGGGGUAUCCAUGCCAAGCAAGAAAAGAUUGAGGUGGAUUUCAUGCUUCUCAUGGACAAGUACUUCACGCGACCAUUGAAGCUGCUGAUAACCGAGCCAAUCAUCCUGCUUCUUACCGUCUACAUGUCCUUUAUCUACGCUCUGGUCUAUGCGCUUCUUGAGGCAUAUCCUUAUGUCUUCCAACAUGUCUACGGAAUGAGUGCGGGGGUUGAUGGUCUGCCAUUCAUUGGGCUGAUCAUUGGUCAAGCGCUAGUAUGCGCUCUUAUUAUUUCCCAGCAGACGACCUAUGCACGGAAGCUGGCCAAGAACAAGAAUGUACCCGUGCCCGAAUGGCGUCUGGGGCACGCCAUACUCGGAGCCCCAAUAUUUGCAAUUGGUAUUUUCUGGUUUGGUUGGACUGGCUUCACACCUGCAAUCCACUGGGCCGCACCCACCGCGGCGGGAAUAUUCAUUGGAUUCGGAAUUGUAGGUGUCUUUCUUCCAUGUUUCAACUACAUCAUUGACGCUUAUCUACCGCUAGCUGCUUCAGCCAUUGCUGCCAACAUCAUCCUUCGUUCACCGUUUGCUGCCGUAUUUCCACUCUUCACCAAGCAGAUGUUUGCGAAUAUGAAGAUUCAAUGGGCUUGUACUCUACUUGGGUGUUUGGCUGCGAUCAUGAUUCCAAUACCUCUUGUAUUCCGAGCUUAUGGGCCGUGGUUGAGAAGAAAGAGCAAGCUCUGUCAAUAG